GCGUUAUAUUUACUGACCAAGGGCUGCAAGUCCCGCACUCGCCAGAGCAAAGCUUUCCAUAUAUCGUCAGUUACUGUACAGAGACAAUCUGCAUGCCAUCUCUCCGGAUUAACGAAGAUUUCCACGCGGCCACGAUGGGUUAGAGGGGCGAUGCACGGAAUAUUCAGUUCGAACCACUUUGCAAGGAUGGGAGUUGGAAUGUGUUUUUUGCACCUUGACAAAGAAGAAAGAAAAUAGAGACGGGAAUUCAGAGGGAGGAGAACACGUAUCCUCUCCUCUUUAUUUUAAUUUCCUUCCUUUCUUUUUCUUUCUUUUUUUGAGAAAUGAUUGAAGAGUUGGUGUGCAGCGCCGUAGCUUUGGUCCUCUAUCUGAACACCCUGGGCGCCGAUUUUUGCUACGAUGACAGCCGUGUAAUUAAGACCAAUCAGGACCUGCUCCCAGAAACCCCCUGGAUCAACAUCUUCUACAAUGACUUCUGGGGCACCCAGCUCACCCACAGCGGUAGCCACAAGUCCUUCCGCCCGCUCUGCACCCUCUCCUUCCGCCUCAACCACGCCCUGGGCGGUCUGGAGCCCUGGGGCUACCAUCUGGUCAACGUCACCCUGCACGCGGCCGUCACGGGGCUCUUCGCUGGCCUGUCCCGCCUCCUGCUGGGCGGUGGCCGCUGGACACUGAUGGCGGGGCUGCUCUUCGCCUCGCACCCCAUCCACACAGAGGCGGUGGCGGGCGUGGUGGGCCGGGCGGACGUGGGCGCGGCGCUCUGCUUCCUGCUGUCGCUGCUGUGCUAUGCGCGGCACUGCGAGCUCCGCCCCGGCUCCGCCCCCCGUCGCUGGCCCCUCCUCCUGGCCAGCCUGGCCCUGGCCGCCUGCAGCAUGCUCUGGAAGGAGCAGGGCGUCACCGUCCUCGCCGUCUCCGCCGCCUACGACCUCUUCGUCUUCCACCGCCUCAGGCUACGGCAGGUCCUGGACCUCCUCCACAGGAGGAAGAACUUGAACCUGCUCUUGAGCUUGAGUUUGCUGGGUUUCUGGGGCGCUGCUCUACUGAUCACUCGCCUGUACUGGAUGGGCAACAAGCCGCCGAGCUUCUCCAACUCUGACAACCCGGCGGCCGAUUCGCCCAGCCUCCUCACCAGGACGUUGACCUUUCUCUACCUGCCCGUGGCUAACGUGUGGCUGCUCUUGUGCCCGGACACCCUGAGCUUUGAUUGGUCAAUGGACGCCCUGCCCUUGCUGAGGACCUUCUCUGACUGGAGAAACCUUCACACCAUAGCCUUCUAUUUGGGAUUACUGUUCCUGGCUUGGGUUGGCCUUCGGAGUCCAGCGAAGGUCAAGGAAGCCAAUGGGAAAGUGCACGUCACGAACGGAAAGCCCAGCACCAAUGGGCAUAGCUACCAUUCCACCCCGGACCACAUGAACUCCGAGUCAGUGCCCCCAGUUAGCAUGGAAAAUGGUGUAAAAAACCACUGCCUACCAAGGACAUCUCCGCCCACCACCGAGAACGUGGUGGUGUUCUCCCUGGGGCUGCUGUCCAUCCCUUUCCUCCCCGCCACCAACCUGUUCUUCUACGUGGGCUUUGUGAUUGCGGAGAGAGUACUGUACAUCCCCAGCAUGGGCUUCUGCCUGCUGGUGACAGUGGGCAUGAGGGCCCUGUUCAUCAGACUGAGGAGGAGGUCCUCCAGGGCCCUGCUGCUCUGCUGCAGUGUCACUCUGCUUCUUCUCUACGGCAUUAAAACCGUGCUGAGGAACCAGGACUGGCACAACGAGGAGAUGCUGUACAGGUCAGGGAUACGCGUGAACCCUGCUAAAGCAUGGGGAAAUCUGGGAAACGUCCUGAAGAACCAGGGCAAGAUCGCUGAGGCGGAGCAGGCCUACAGGAACGCCCUGCACUACCGCAGCAACAUGGCCGACAUGCUGUACAACCUAGGCCUGCUGCUACAGGAAAACAACCAGCUCUCCGAGGCGCUGAAUUACUAUAAACUUGCCAUUGGGAGCAGGCCAACUUUAGCUUCUGCGUACUUGAACACGGGGAUCAUCCUCAUGAACCAGGGGCGUCUGGACGAGGCCAAACGGACCUUCCUCACCUGCGCCGACAUCCCCGACGAAAACCUGAAGGACCCCCACGCCCACAGGAGCUCGGUAACCAGCUGCCUCUACAACCUGGGGAAGCUGCUUCACGAACAGGGCCACCAGGAGGAAGCCCUUUCAGUGUAUAAAGAAGCAAUACAGAAGAUGCCAAGACAGUUUGCACCUCAGAGCCUCUACAAUAUGAUGGGAGAGGCCUAUAUGAGGCUGAACAAACAGAGGGAGGCAGAACACUGGUACAGAGAGUCUCUGAGGGCCAAGCCUGACCACAUCCCCGCUCACCUGACCUAUGGGAAAUUGCUGGCCACCAGGGGACAGAAGAUUGAAGCGGAGAGGUACUUUCUGAAGGCGAUCAAGCUGGAUCCUAAUAAAGGGAACUGCUACAUGCAUUAUGGUCAGUUCCUGUUGGAGGAGUCCCGCGUGAUGGAAGCAGCCAAGAUGGCGGAAAAGGCCGCCCAGCUGGAGAGCAGCGAGUUUGAUGUGGUCUUCAAUGCUGCCCACAUGCUCAGGCAAGCCAGUCUCAAUGAAGCAGCGGAGAAGUACUAUGCGCUAGCAGCAAGCCUUAGGCCAGAUUACCCAGCAGCCCUGAUGAAUCUGGGGGCCAUCCUCCACCUCAACGGGAAGCUCCGCGAGGCGGAGUCCAAUUACCUCCGAGCACUGCAGCUCAAGCCGCACGACGCCAUCACCCAGUCCAACCUGCGCAAGCUGUGGAACAUCAUGGAGAAACAGGGUCUGCAGAGCAGGGGCCCGUGAGCCGGUCCCGGGGACCCAGGACAGACCAGGACGGGAUCGUGGCCCUCACAUGCAACCUGCUCCAGAAGUCAUGCUAUGAGGGGCUUAGCUGGCGCUUGGAUUUCAGAACAGGCCCAAAAGCCAAGCCCUUGCAAGCCCUGUGUGGGCCACAGAGUGCUGAACUAGAGCAGAGGGGGCUGCAGUGUUGAAAUCGUGGGAUAAGUCUGACCGUAAUUAGUAUUUGAUGCCUAGAAGUUCUCUUGAGGCCAGGCAUGUCCUGAGGCGAGUUGAGCUGAAAUACUAACCGCGGGGAGUACCAUGGUAAACAGGCCUAUUCAUUCCCUACGGUGGAAAGAUGUUGAAAAGCCAGCAUUUCAUGAUGGCAUCUCAUCACAAUGGUGUCCUCAGCAGUUGUCUGGUCACCAGAUACCAGGUCAGUCUGUUACAGUGCAACUACAGCACUAUACCACAACGUGUCCGGUGUUUGAGCUGAAACAGAUUUGGAUUCUCCAUGAAAAUGAAAAAUGAAAGUGAGAACAUUGCUGGCUAUAUUGAAGUUUCUCUUAGUGUCAAAGAGCUGUUCGGGUCGCUUGGAUUUGCUCAGCUUGUGAUACGCUUCCCAAAACAUGCCAUUUUUGAAACAGCAUUUAAGUUGCCAAAGCUAAACUGAGGUAGAUGAAGAGGACUGCUGUCCCAGUAGCCCUGCAGGUAAACGUAUGAUUGGACCAACCCCUGACAUUAUAGUCUGGGAUCUGAUCUGAAAAUAUGGAUUUCAUUAAACACAUGUCAGUUAAGUCUACAGAAUACAGAAGAGUGUGAUACCGUCUCUUGAACUUUCCAAGGUCAUGCGGCCUGUUCAUCAUGAGUGGCAUAAGAGUGCCAAAAAUAGGAUUUUUAUUUAUUUAUCUUUUUAAUGAUAAAUGGUUUUGUUUGAGGGAAAAGCUGAGGGACAAUUGGCCACACUAGAAAGCUUUAAUGUGCCACCUCUGUGUUAUCUUUUAUCACAUGAUCACUAUGAAAUGGUGAGAUACUGAAGCUGUUGCAGAGCUCAGAAUGUGUAAUUGCUCAACUGCUAUAUAUAUAAACAGUCAAACUAUAAAGACACAAAUCCCAAAAACAUGAUUUUGUAUUAGGUCAGUUCUAUCCUUGGUACAGUAGUGGUCAAAAUUUACCUGAAAGGGAACAGUAGUGAAUCUACAGGAAGCACUAACUCCAUUUAACAUGGGUAAAGAUGGGUGGAGGCACAGUGUGGUGAGGUCUUAAUCCUUCCUCCUCUAACUGAUGAAUUCACAAAAGUAGCGCGGUUCAAACACAAUGAAAGUCAUAUCAAGGCCACCACUCUCACAACCCACCUAAUCAAAUAACUAAAUAGCAGUCACGUUCAGUUAGCAAUGCCUCAGAGGCUAUUUCAUUUGAGAGG